AUGACGGUGAAACGACGCAACCAUGGGCGCAAUAAAAAGGGCCGAGGACACGUGCAAUUCGUCCGAUGUACGAACUGUGGACGGUGCUGCCCCAAGGACAAAGCAAUUCGUAAGAAUGUCGUGCGCAAUAUCGUUGAAGCUGCCGCCAUCAGGGAUCUUUCAGAAGCUUCAGUUUACGAACUAUACGCACUCCCGAAGCUCUACAGCAAACUUCUCUACUGUGUCGCGUGUGCAAUCCACAGCAAAGUGGUGAGGAAUCGUUCUCGAGAAGCUCGUCGCGAUCGCCGGCCGCCACCACGAUUUGGACAACAACAACAAGUACAACAGCCACGUCCUGGACAACAACAAGUACAACAGCCACGUCCUGGACAACAACAAGUACAACAGCCGCGUCCUGGACAGCCGCCACGAAAC